GACGUAUGUGGGGCUGUGUUUCGUUUCAUCGUUUAGAAAUCAUCUCAUCAAAAAAGUAAUUUUCGCGAAAAAGUCAAAUAACGGAGCCGCCGUCGCUUGAAAGAAAAAAAAGGAACAAUGCAUUUUAUCCUAGUCGAGUUUUAGGUUUAGGGAAGAGAAAGAAAAAAAAAAAGGGCAGGACGGCGGCAGGUCGAUAACGCACGAACACGCUCUUAUACUCAUAAAAGAGACAGAGAGAAAAGGCCUGUGUUGGCAAUUCGAUCAAUCUUAAAAGUUCACGACCCGGACUUAUUCGCUUAAUUGGGUUUCAUCCGUGAUUCGAUAACGCUAAAGUGCUUGUGAUAGUGUCGACUAUUUCUUUAGGUAUCAGUUACAUUUCGCGUAAUCCAGCGCGGCAUCGAUCUCGACCGCCUAACCUUGAAAAUUAUGAUAGUCUAUCGACAUCAAAACUAUACAAUUUAAGAUUUUUCUUUCUAUUAUUCACUGGUAGUUGUCAAAUAUCGACAACCCUGAGACGGUGAUCUGUUAGGACUGGAGAGAUGGCCACUUCAACAACCCCGGGUUCAGAUCCGUGGGUGAUCCAAGCUCGAGAACGUGCCCGUUAUCAAGAACAGUUUGAUUCUCUAAAGCCAAAUAAUGGAGUUGUUACGGGCGAUCAAGUCAAAGGAUUUCUCCUUCAAUCUCAACUUCCUCCACAAAUCUUGGGUCAAAUAUGGGGACUUUCGGAUACGGACUCGGAUGGAAAAAUGGAUAUCAACGAGUUCAGUAUUGCCUGCAAAUUAAUAAAUUUGAAACUUCGAGGCUUUCCAAUUCCAUCAACGCUACCGCCAAUUUUGUUGCAAAGUUUAAAGGCCUUUUCUAGUGUAGGAACACCGCCAGCGAUAGGAGCGAUUCCACAACCAAUUGCUCCACCACCAAAUGUUGCUGUUAGGCCACCAUUGCCUGUACCACCAAUUGCCAGUCAACAAAAUAGACAGUCAGUGGUUGCCAGUACACAUGCAACAACUCAUAAACCGUCAAAGCCACCCGCUCGACCUGCACCUCCCUCGAUUGGAAAUGUCGAUACAAGCACUCCAAGUGCUCAUCCCCCGCAAAGACCCACUCCCCCUGGAAGUAUUGGACCUUCAUUUGUCCCGUCAACAGGACCACCACCAAAGCCUGCACCUCCUUCGUUUCCAAAUAGUCCAGCAAUUUCACCAGCUAAUAAAAUUCAACCACCAGUAGUUCCCGCUGUUCAUCCAAUAACAUCGACCCCCUCAAUGGAUUUACUCGAUCUUGACUUAUUUGAAGUGGCACCAAUUGCACCUUUAAAUACAAAUCCAACUCCAAUUGCCGCAUUUGGAAUGGGACCAACUGUACCAAUGCAACCAAUUGCUCCAGGAAUGAUGCCAACAAUGGGAACAGUUCCUAGUGUUGUACCAACUAUGACAGCAAUGCCAACUGGUAAUGGUACAAUUCCAAGUGCAGGAGUUAUGACUCCACCGGCAGUGUCAAUGCCAUCGGGAACUAUUCCUGUUAAUGGAAGUGUUAUUCAUACUCCAGUUUCCUCUAAUACACCAUUGAGUACAACGGCAAGACCGCCGAGUAUAGAUAGAGUUGGUUCCAUGGAUUCACAACACAGUCAACAUUCAAUUCCCUCGAUUGGCUCACCGCAAAGUAUCGAAUGGUCCGUACCACAUCAAACAAAAUUAAAAUAUACUCAAUUAUUCAACACAUGGGAUAGAACUAGAUCGGGAUUUUUAUCUGGACCACAAGCUCGAAAUAUAAUGGUGCAAUCACAAUUGCCACAACAAAUUCUAGCUCAAAUAUGGGCUCUGUCAGAUAUGGAUUCAGAUGGACGUUUAGGUUGCGAAGAAUUUGUUCUUGCGAUGCAUUUGUGCGAUAUGGCAAAAUCUGGUGAUACAAUUCCCGUUGCUCUUCCAAUUGAUCUUAUUCCUCCAACGUUUAGACGUCAAAGACAAAGUAGUUUGACGCCUUCGCAGGGAACACCGGAUAUUGAUCCAUCCGCUGGAAUGCCACAGACUUCUUUCGAGGACAAAAGGAAGGAGAAUUUUGAAAAAGGUCAAGCAGAAUUGGAGAGACGUCGCAAAGCAUUGUUGGAAAUUCAACGCAAAGAACAAGAAGAACGUGAACGUAAGGAAAGAGAUGAGGCUGAGAAACAAGAAAAAAUAAGGUUAGAACAAGAAAGACGUCGACAGGCAGAAAUUGAAAAACAAAUGUUGCGACAAAAGGAAAUUGAACAAGAGAAAGAAGAACAGAGAAAGCGAGCCCAGGAGCAAAGAGAAGCAGCCCGAAAGGAAAUGGAAAGGCAACGACAGCUCGAAUGGGAAAAUCAGAAAUCACAAGAACUUCAAACACAAAGACAAAAGGAACAGGAUAUUCUUUUGAAAUUAAAGGCAAAAAAUCAGACUCUGUCUAUUGAACUUGGAAGUUUGAAUGAUAGAGUUAAAGAGUUAUCGCAAAAAAUUUGCGACACACGAGUUGGUGUUUCGGGUGUAAAAACAACAAUCGACGGAAUGAGAUCAACGCGUGAUUCACAAUUAAAAGAAAUGGCGGCGCUUAAGAAUAAAUUGAGAGAACAAAAUCAAAGACUUCUUAAUAUAAGUCAAGAGAAGGCAAGAAUUGAUGCGAAAAAUAAAGUAAACGCCGCUCAAGACGCUGCUGGUCAAGAGGCAAUAAAAAUGGCAUUUGCCAAUAAACAAAUUACAUUGAAACAAAUGAAAGAUAAAAUCGAAGAUUUACAGCAACAGAUAAAUUCGAAGAAAACGGAUAUUGAAAAUAAUAAUGGUCAGUUGGAGGAUGUGAAAACUCAAAUGCAGAAUCUCAUAACUGAUUGUAAAUGUUUGUAUACUAAUUUUAAUGAGAAAAAAUCUCAAGUAUUGCAAUUGAAAACAAGUUCGGGUGGAAAUUAUUCAUCAUCGGCGUGGGGUGAUAGUGCUUGGGGUGAUUCGGGACAAAAUUUUGAAACUGUUGAUGAAACAUCAUGGCCAGCAAGUGAUUCUGCACCAGUUGAAAGUAAUGCCGAUACAAGUGGCGUUAAAUAUCGUGCAUUAUAUGAAUUUAAAGCUAGAAAUCAAGACGAAAUUUCAUUUCAACCCGGUGAUAUUAUUCUGGUUACAUCUGUUCCGAAUGCAGAGGAAGGCUGGCUAGCGGGAGAAAUUCGCGGACACACAGGUUGGUUUCCGGGAAGUUAUGUCGAACCUUUGGACGCUGAAGCUAAUACCGGAAGUGCUUUCGUUCAACAAGAUAGUAUGGAAAAGAGAACUUUGGAAGAAAUUGCCGAAGUUCCGGAAAAUGUUUCGGAUGCUGGUUCAUUGGGUGGAGAAGGACCCAUCGUGGAUCCUAUUGUUCCAACGUUAGGUUUAGGAACAAUUUGCAAUAUACGAGCGACAGCUGUUUAUUCAUAUCGUCCCACUACUCAGGAACAUUUAAAUUUCGAUAAAGAUGAAACUCUUACAGUUUCAGAACAACAGGGUGACUGGUGGUAUGGAGAGAAUAGUAAUGGAAAUACAGGUUGGUUCCCAAAAUCUUAUGUGAAUACUGCCGUGACAAAUGGACAAGAGGUGCCUUCAACUGACGGUGGACUCAAUGAAUAUUACAUGGCACUUUAUGAAUACACGUCAAAAGAAUCGGGAGAUCUUAAUUUCUCUCAAGGUGAAAUUAUUCUUGUUGUUAAAAAAGAUGGCGAUUGGUGGACAGGAGUUAUUGGCAAUCGAACAGGAAUUUUCCCUUCGAAUUAUGUUGAUAAAUGCGAUAUGCCAAAUAAGGGUAAAGAAAUUCCUACUAACGGUGAAGCAAUAGCAGCAGAAGUACCAAUUUCUGAAGCUGACGUAACUAAACGUCAGGAUUCGGUUACUGCAACGACAACGGCUGCUGUUCAACAAUCACCACUUGAGGAAAAAACGGCUGAACAACUUGAAGAAGAAAGGGCCGAGGCGGAAGAUCGGGCUGAAUUGCCAGAUUUUGCAGCCAUGUCCGCCCAACAGAAAAGUAGAAAACCAGAAAUUGUCCAAGUAAUCGCUCCUUAUCAAGCGACCAGUGCGGAACAAUUAAAUCUUCAGAGGGGACAAUUAAUUAUGAUUCGUAAAAAGACUGACACUGGCUGGUGGGAGGGUGAAUUACAGGCUCGAGGAAAGAAACGACAAAUCGGUUGGUUCCCAGCUUCAUAUGUAAAACUUUUGACUAGCAAUAGCAAUAGAAGCACACCCGUUUCUCAUGGUUACUUAGAUUCACCGACAGAUCCUAAUGUUGAACGUGUGAUGGCGCUUUAUCCAUAUCAGGCACAAAACGAGGACGAGUUAAGCUUCGAAAAAGGUGAUGUGAUUACUGUCCUUGCCAAAGAAGAAGAAGCGUGGUGGAGAGGCGAGCUAAACGGCGUUUCCGGUGUCUUUCCAAGCAACUACGUUUCGUCAAUGUCCAGUGAGACGAUCAAUGAAGUAAUGAUGACACAACUCGAACCAACGGAGAGAAAACGGCAGGAAUAUAUUAAGGAAUUAAUUGCAACUGAGCAGGCUUACAUCGAAGACAUGAGACUCGUUCAUGAGGUAUUCGAGAAACCUUUACUGGGAAGUUUAGUGUUAACUGUAGACGAAGUUGAUCGAAUAUUCGUAAAUUGGAGAGAUAUUAUUGCCUGUAAUGAUAAUUUUCUAAGAACUCUGAGGAUAAGACGAGACAAUAGCGAUGGAGGAAUUGUAAGAAUGAUUGGUGAUAUUUUGUGUGAAAAUAUUCCAAGAAUGUCUGCUUAUGUGAGAUUUUGCAGUUGUCAAAUAUCAGCUGCGGUUUAUCUUCAAAAAUUGACUGAAAAUUCGCCAGAAUUUGUUGAAGUUGCUCAAAAAUGUCAACAGGAUUCAAGAACAAAAGGAAUGCCUUUGAGUUCUUUUCUCAUUAAGCCCAUGCAGAGAAUAACGAAAUAUCCACUUAUCAUUGGAAAAAUUUUGGAAUACACACCUUUUCAUCAUCCAGACAGACAAUAUUUAAUAGAAGCUCUAUCAAAAGCAGAAGAAUUUUGUACUCAGGUAAAUGAAGGUGUGAGAGAAAAAGAAAACAGCGACAGACUUGAAUGGUUACAAACGCAUGUUUAUUGCGAUGGAUUAGAAGAGCAAUUGGUAUUUAAUUCUCUGACAAAUUCCCUUGGUCCUCGAAAAUUGGUCCAUUUUGGAAUAUUACACAAAUCGAAAAGUGGAAAAGAAUUAGUUGGUUUUUUAACAAAUGACUUUUUAUUGUUUGCUCAACCAACGAAAUCAUUACCAAGUGGACAACAAUUUUCAUUUGAGCGAAAUUCUCAUCAUAAAUUUAAAAUGUAUAGAAAACCACUUUUUUUGAAUGAAUUGUUUCUUGUUGGAGAAUCAGAAACAAGUAGCAGUGGAAAUGGUAAUGAACCUACGGAACAUUCAUCGAGGACAUUGAGAUUAAGAGAUGCGAAAAAAUUAAUUAUUCUUCAAGCACCAUCGACAAGUGAAUGUACUUUAUGGACAAGAAGAAUUGUUGAAGCUAAAAAGCAAUUCGCUGAAAAUGAAAGAACACGAUUGCAACGUCAACGUUCAAAACAGGCGCAAUUUGGAGCUUGUGGACGUAUUCUUGUCACUGUAUUGGAAGGUUCCAGUUUAAAAACAAUUUCUGGAAAAUGCAAUGCAUUUUGUAAAGUAUCAAUGGGAUCGCAAGAGGAACAAACAAUUGUUGUUUCUGGCACCGAUUGUCCUCUUUGGGAUGCAUCAAUGCAAUUUCAAGUCAAAGAUCUUCAUGAAGAUACAUUAUGUAUCACGGUUUUUGAUAAAGGAUAUUACAGUCCCGAUGAAUUUAUGGGUCGUGCAGAAGUUCGUGUUGUCGAUAUUAUGAGGGACAGUAACGAUUCCUGUGGACCAAUUCAAAAACGCAUCAAAUUACGAGAAGUGGAAAGAGGUGAUGUUGUUUUAAAAUUAGAUCUUCGACUAUUUAAUGAAUCGGCAAAUUUUAAUAAUAAAAAUGGCAACAGUAGGAUAAUUGACACAAGAGCGUAAAAACGAAUUUUUUUUUUUGACACCAAAACAAAUUAAAAUUUGAAAAUUAAAUUUUUGUAUAAAAGAGAAAUAUCUUUUUUCUUUAUUAUAGUAAAAAGGUGCAAAAAAAAUGUUACAAAAAAAUGAACAAAUAUUAUAGGAAAAAAGGUAGUCUUUUUUUUUUAAAGAUUACAAUCAUUAAUUUAUGAUUUAAAUUGGAUUUUUGAAAAAUU